AUGUCGCGUAUGUGGCGUUUCGCUUCGUUGCGCCGUCUUUCUUUUGCUGUAGGGCUAUCGCUGGUGGCAUGCGAUGCAUGCGAUGCAUGCGAUGCAUGUGAGCCGAUUGCGGCCGAUGGCGAGACAGAGAGAGACUUUAUGCAUUUGCUGCAACGCUUUAGCCACAGGACGUCCCAAUGGUCUGUGAUGGCGCCCGAUCCAAGUGUGCUGACUUGGGAUGCGGCCUCUCCUGGACAUGUCUCCAACGGUGUGCUUUCAGUACCUUUGGAUGUUUUUGACCCCGACAGUCCCAUGUUGGAGCUGCCGGUGACGAUGCGCUUCGCAGAGACGCAGCCGGCGCCCAAAGGUCUCAUGUUGAUCCACUGUGGUGGACCCGGCUCGGGCUCUAACUGUGUGCGCUAUAUGUAUGGCAGACACCUGCAGGGCUACGAUGUCUUUUCCAUCACCCAACGUGGCAUGGGCUCCGCAGAGCCCGCCUUAAACUGUGCCAAUUCCAAGCUGCCGGAGACUUGUCCCAGCACCGGCUGCCAGGUAAGUGACUUCACAGACUGUCCUUGCGCCUUGUUGGAUGGCACCCCGCAGUUAGGGGAAAUUUGGGCAGACAUCGAUCCGGCGAAUGAGAGCCAGGUGAUGAAGCUCUUCCGAAAGAGAGAAGAAUGGGGGAAGCGAUGCGCGGCGUCGGAGAAGUUUCAGCUAAAGAAUGACAAGGGGAAGAGCUACAAUUUCUUGAACUACGUCGGCACUCAAUUCCUGGUCUACGAUCUGGAGCGGCUCCGAAAGGCGGUUGGCGCAAAGAAGCUGAACGUCUAUGGUUACAGCUACGGCACCUACGUGGGUGGCGUCUACGCCUCGGUCUUCUCGGAGACCUCCGGCAGAAUCGUCCUGGACGGCGACAUGGAGGCCUCGCCGCGGAAGGACGCGCAGGCGGAAGGGGAUGCCAUCGCCAACGACAAGUUCGUGGCAUUUUUGCUCAACACCUGCAAAGAUGCGCCAGAUUGUCCUUUGGCCAAGCCUGAAGAGAACUAUGACAAGAUUAUUGAGAGCGCCCGAAAGGGUCAGUUGACUGCUCCCACAGAAUCGAAGAAAGACUUCCCCUUAUCCGUGGGGAUGCUGAUGGCGUACCUCCAAGCGGAAUCCUUGUCCAACUCGGGUCGCUAUUUUGCGCGGGCGCUACAAACCCUGGCACAAUUGGCUUCGAGCAAAGAAGAGGAACGAAGAGAUGCGGUGGCUUUCAUUCUGGACGGCUUUUGCUACGUGAAAGGCGUGAGCACGUGGUCCAGAUACGACAUUUGUGUUGGCCCAGGCCACACCAACGAGAACGAACCUGCCGCCGUGGGCACCAGCUUCGCUGAUCCCUACCUGGAACUGUGUGCUGUGUGGGGCCUGGACCUUGCUGGCUACUUCGAAGCUGGGAAUGAUGGUGUGUCCGACCUGAUGAACCAGUGGCGAGUGGAGAAGAUCGAGAGGGGCAUGGCCGGCCUGGCAGCAGCCGUGGGUGACAUGGCGGGCUUUUUCUUGUGGCCUCUGAAGGCCACUCCCACGGCACCCAUGGGGAGCGCCAUUGUGAAACCAUUGAUCAUUGGAAAUCUCUUUGAUACAGCGACCAGUUACAGCUGGGCUCAAGAAAUGAAGAAAUCCUUUCCAGAAGGAUCUAUGAUCACAUGGCAGGGAAUGGGCCAUACCUUUCCCUCGCGUGCCACUGAUUACAAUCGCGCCGCCAUCGAGCAUUGUUGGGGCUACGUGGAAGCCUACUUGCAGAAUGGAACGCUGCCAGUGAACGGCAUGCUAUGUUGGCAAAAGACCAACCCACCUGUUAUUUAA